UAUUCCGGUUUCUGUUUUCGUUUUGCAAGAAUAGGCACAACCGAAAUACCAUAUUCUUGGACCGUCAUCACAAUUAUUCCUACUCCAUCAUUCGUUCCUUCUUCUCUCAAUUUUUAGAAUCUAUUCUUAAAAUCGUCAGUCGAAGGUCGUCGGUCUUUUUCUCCUCACACAAAGUUACAAUUUAGAAUUGGUACCGUACUUUUGUUCCAACCGACCAAAAACCGACAAAAAGGCGAAGCGAACGCAACGUAACACAACAUACUUCUAACAGUAUCGGAAAGAAAGGCACUCAGUUUCACCGGCAUUGACAAGGUGACAUUUUCUUCUAACGAAACGCAUAUUUGUACAGCGCGAACCCAGAGAUUAGAAAUGGCGAAAAUGAUUUCURCCUCUGCUCUCAUGCUGGUCUCUUGUCAUUGGCUCGCUUGGAUCUUMCUUGCAUCAAGCCAAGUGGGAGCCUUGCAGAGUUCUCCACCAGCAGUCAGAUCGACAUAUACUUAUACGCCGAGGUCGACACUGCCCAUGACGUCAUUCCCGUCUACCACGACAUGUGUGGCGAGAAGAAAACAUCGAAACCUAUUAGUUAUGGCAUCCUUUCCGAACGAUGGAUCCGGAAAAAAAGAAUCCAGAAAGCUUGGUUUCCAGAGAGAUAUGUGAGUGAGACAUGGCUGAUUCAGAAAUGGAAAUUAUUYAAGGUUUAAUGUGAAAUUUCUCUCCUCAAUUGGAACUUUCGUGCCCAUUUAUUUUCAUGAUGCCGUUGCUUGAUUCCGACUGGUAGUGUUUCAAAGAUUAGAUUUUCUUCGACUGAGAUUUCUUCAUCGCCGAGACGGCCGUCGACGGCACUUGGGCUUUGGAAUAAAAAUAAAAAUGGAUCYGACGGAGAAAGUACAGAAAACGAUGCCAAAUCGAACAAAAUGAGYAGCUGGUUUGGGAGCARCAAGAAGGGRAAAAAYGACGACGAUAAGGCAGUCSYCGCUAAUGGCGAAGACAACGAAGAUUCAAUAUGGUACAAAUUUGCAUCAAAAUUCGAAGGCAUYAAGGAAGAGGUGUCGCAAAAAAUUGUUUCUUUUCUUCCUGCGCCCUUAGUUGAAUUCCUCGCAAUGGUAUUUGCCAAAUUGAARUCGGCCUUGCCAAACCUCAAAAUCGCCUUUCUCUCCUUUUCAGCGGGAGCUGUGUUGACGCUGGGAGCUAUUUUGGUUCCCGUCUACUCCAGUGUCGAAUCGUUGUCGCAGCCCGUCACUUUGUUCGAGACCAUUCUCGCGGAUCUCGACGCUGGCUACGUGGAUCCCGUCGACACGAACAAGCUUUUUGAAACGGGKGUUUCGGCCAUGCUGAAAUCGCUCGAUCCGUACACGGAAUUUGAAGCGAAGGAAGAGGCGCAACAGAUGACCGAGGGAAUCAUGGGCAGAUACGGUGGCGUUGGUUUGGUAAUUUCUGGGGCUACUCCCAGGGAUAUGUCAGAAAUAGAAAAGAUGGCGGGCGGCGGCGCAGGAGAGGGAUCGUCUUCUUCGACGUUGCAGAAAGAAAGCAUGCCCAGUGGAAGCAAACUGCUUCCGAAUGACGCCAUUCAAGAUUCCAUGGAUAGYAACAGUCAAUCGUCGAACAAUGACAAGAGCGAUAAUAGCAACAAAUUUGUUGACAACCGAAAYAAUGACGUCGAUGAUGACGAAGAAGAAGAUCCAUUUGUUAAACAGAAACGAAAAGAGCAAAUGAAAGCGCUCGCCAAAGCCCAAGAGAAGGGAAUCACUGUUGUAUCUGCGUUUGAGGGAUACGCCUUUGAUUAUGGGAUGCGAACGGGGGAUAGAAUCACGAAAGUGGAUGACCUUGUCGUAGAAAAGGGGAAAACGACUGUAGAAGACGUACGAAAUGUUCUUAGGGGUGUACCAGGGACAAUGGURAACAUUGAGUUUGAGCGCGACGGUGUCAAGGGGACUCAAGAGGUUACCAUGCCACGAACUGUAGUAAGACUGAGAGAUGUGAAGCUUGCAACUCUUGUUGGAAAACCAUCGGAUGGYAUUGGAUACAUUUCCCUCUCGGGAUUUGCCCAAAGCGCAGGAAACGARGUCCGGGGCGCCAUGCUUGCACUUGAACAAGCCGCCGAAGACGCAUCAAACGGCGAACACAGCUUGAACGGAUUGAUUUUGGACCUCAGAGGAAAUCCGGGUGGCCUGCUAACGUCCGCCGUGGACGUUGCUUCCCUGCUUGUCCCGAAUGGUAGCGAUAUUGUAUCCGCCAAGGGCCGUGGGUUUCCAGGAGUUACGUACCGCAGCCGAACCGAGCCAUUGCUCGAUAAAAAUACAAAGCUUGCCGUCUUGGUCAAUAGAGGCACUGCAAGCGCCGCAGAAAUUGUUUCCGGGGCAGUGCAAGACUUGGACGUCGGAAUCAUCGUCGGUACCGACAGGACAUUUGGAAAGGGACUUGUUCAAAAUGUCGAGGAUCUCCCAUUCAAUACCGCCCUGAAGUUUACUGUGGCCAAAUACUACACUCCAAGUGGACGAUGCAUUCAAAGUAUCAACUACAAGGAAGGAGGAGUAGGUGACGAAAACGAUGGAAAAUACACGGCGUCCAGAGUGUCGAACAAAGAUCGACAGGUCUUCUACACCAAGAGUGGUAGAACCGUGAGAGAUGGAGGUGGAGUUGAAGCCGACUACAAGAUUCCGGCACCGAAGGCCUCGGCACUGGAGAUCACUCUCUUGCGAUCUGAUGUAAUGAACGAAUAUGCGUCGCAAUGGAGUAAAAAGUACGAGUUGACGAACAACUUUGAAGUAACGGACGAUAUUUAUCGAGACUUCCAGGAUUUUGUGGACGCAAAGAGCAAGGCGGGGGAUCUGAAGCUAGAGGCAAUAUAUUCCAGCUCGUUGGAUGAUUUGAAACGCACUCUGAGUCAAAGUGGGUACAAGAUUGCCGAAAACGAAGUAGACCAAUUGAAGACACAAAUCGUGAAGGAAAUAAAGAAGGACUUUGAUAAAUACAAGAAGGACAUCAAAGAAGACAUUGCAACCAGUAUUCUUGCAAGGUAUAUUCCUGAAAGCAUGAUUAUGGAACGCAAUUUAAAAACAGACGAUCAAGUACAAGCGGCGAUCAAGCUACUAGGUAACGACAAGUCAUUUUCAAAAAUUUUGGCCAAGGGCAGCAGUAGCGAACGGUCAUUGCAAGAGAAUGUCAGAGAGAAUAGUUUGAAUGUUGCUUCCUCUGCACUGGAWAGUGAUUCUAGAGACGGUGGUUCAUUCAGAAUAGAAUUUURAGAAAUAACAUUGAAUCUUACAAGGAAGCAAUAAGAAGUCAUUCAUAUCGUCUUUUUCAUCGAUUUUUCAAGAAAGAAAUAAUUUUUCUAGUCUAUA